AGGUUUGUAUUUAUCGUCACGUGGUUCUAAAUACAAGAUGUCGGAAUUAUUGGCAGAGAAAAAUAAAGUAAAGAAAGUCCUUCGAAGUUUACUGCUUUCAGCAUCAUGCGGUUUGACCCCGACGCAGUUGGAACGAGAUUAUAAACAAAUGGCUGGCGAGGUUUUGCCGUAUAAGAAGUUUCAUUUCAUGACAAGUCGCGACUUCUUGAAAUCUUUGCGUGAUACGUUGGUGUUUGUGUAUGACGGGCCUCAUGUCAUCAUACAUGGAAUCGCGGAUGAUAAAACCGAACAUAUCAAGAAAAUGAUUACAAAACAAAGAAAACCGAAAACAUACAACUCACUUGAGGGGCAGCUGGAACCCAAACGCUCCCCCCGAAUCAAGAAAGCUCCAACACUAUAUGUUCCCGCUUUCAUUCGAAACAAUCUCUUCAAAGUUAUUAAAACUUUUCCGAACGGAUUUUCGAUUUCAAUUUUGCCAGAAAUUUACUCUAAAGUAAACGGAGCGAAACUUCACAUCAACGGGCACGGGUUCGAAAACCACCGUGACCUGUUGCUUGCGAUGCCGGAUAUCGUUCGUCUUGAAUUUGGUCGCACGAACAGGGCGGGCCAGAAUCUCUAUGUUUACCCCGCUAAAUAUCUUACACAAACCAAGGUACACGGCGAUAAAAAUAAUAUCGCUGAAAAUAAAGAUUGUUUAGAGAAGGAAGUAACAACUGAGAAAAAAAAGGAAGACAAAGCUAUUGAGGAAAAAAGUUUGAACAAAGAAACGGAAAAAAUAGUUAAAAACCAUUUGGCUGCAAAGAAAGUGAACACGGGUCCCAAGCAAGAAGUGAACAACAUUUUCAAACAAGAGUAUUCACCAGCGUGUCAGAUACUUCAACGGGAAUUACUUCAACUGUUGUCGGGGCGACCAAACGGGACGUGGUCUCUAAAUAUUUCAUCGCUUUAUGAACAGAAAUAUAACAAACCCCUUGAACUUAAGAAUUACGGAUACUUCAGUAUUAUUGAGUUCAUGUCAACACUUGGUAACAAGGUAUCAAUGUAUCGCCCGCUGCCUUCAGGGGAUUGGUUCUUUAAUAUAAGAAGCCCAAAUCAAACGAACCCCCCCAAACCUCCGGCCACCGACCUAACAGAUGUCAAGAUAAAGUUGAAACAACUGAUGUCACGCUUCAACGACGGCAUUGUUAUUGAAUGUUUGAACGAUCUUUACCAAAUGACCUUUAACUCCUCGUUGCCGGUCGGGGGGGUUUACAUCAAUGUGGAGACAUUACUGUGUAAAGCAUUGGAUGUUGUGAAACUUUGUGAGAAAGAUGGUCGAUGCAUGGUGCUUCCCCACGAUCAUAGCAUGGGUGCUUCCCCUAAACAAGGAUCCCCAAUAGACGCGGUUGGAGGAGGAGUGUGUUACCGAACACUAGAUGUUCCCGCACCAUCGGACGAUUACAUUGACAUAUUUGUGUCGCACGUCGUAACUCCGGGUGCGUUCAUGGUUCAGUUGAUCGGGGAGGACACGACGGUGGCUUUGGAUGAAUUGAUGGAUGAUUUGGAAGAAUUCUAUUGCAGUAAUGAAGCUGCUGCGUAUAGAAUGCCGAGCGAUUUAAUCAGCGUCGGACAAGUUUGUGUCACGGUGUCGAUUCAAGACAAGAAUUGGAAUAGAGCGUUAAUUACAAAAGAACCAUUGGAUUGUGGGUUUGUUGAGAUAUUGUUCGUUGAUUACGGUGACAUCGCUUCUGUCAAUGUUCGUUCGUUGUUUUUGUUGAAAGAGAAGUUUCUUAACCUUCCCGCGCAAAUGAUUCGAUCAAGGUUGUCCCAUGUGCAACCUUAUAACCUGGGCAGUUGGUCGUUGGAUUCGAGACGCGUAAUGUUGGAUCUGUGUCGUAACAAACCACUUGUUGCUAAAGUCACAGGUGUGGACACUCAUAACGUAAUGUCACUGCUUAUAUGCGACACAACUCACGAUACAAUCGAUGUUUACAUCAAUGAUGUGUUGGCCGAUCAACAAUUUGCGACGUUGGUUUGCGACUUUGCGUCGAGCCACGAACUUGAACGCACGAGACUUGCUGUGGAGAAUCGGCAGAUACAAUCGAUGUUACCACUUGGUGUUGCACAUCAGCCACCAUUGGAGGGCAGUGUUAUCCUCGAUGCCCCGCCCCCAUACCAACCAUAUGCGACGCCCACAAACCAACCAAUUACGGAAGACCAGGGGUCAUUUAUGACUAAUCACAAUAUCAACUAUGACUCAUCAAUUAUGACGGAAACUGCUGAGUCAUCAAUCGUUGCCACGGAGAUGGAUCAUGUGACAGAAACAUCGAAUCAAAGUUCGCCCCCAAAUGAGCCACACGAUGUCACUCUAACCCCUGUUCAUGGAAUAUUUGGUGGGGAGGAAAACAUUUCAACUCUACCCAAACAUUUGUUACGUAAAGCUCAUGAAGAACUGAUAAAGAAAAGAGAUGAGAUGCUUGCGAUGUUGGUCGCUCAGCCAUCCGUUAACAUGAGGAUUGAGGUGGAAAAUGUGUUUCGAGAAAUUUAUAAACUUGAAACUCAACUAUCAGAAUACGAUGCAGGUGUUGCAACAACAAUGGGUGAUUAGGUUAGAAUUAAUUAAUUAUGAUGAAUGUUGCAAUGACUUUGUUUUGACGUUCGAUGACUUUCUAUGUUCCAUAUGAUUAAGUUCAUUAUGACAUCACAAUCGUGUCUUUGUUCUUCGUUUGAAAUAAAUUUCUUUAGUUUC